CAACCUUUACAUCCACCCUCCAGUCCAGUAGGUGGCAGUAAUGCACCUUACAGUUGGCUGCCUCACUCAAAGAAUAACAAGAACUCAAACUGGACUGUGCACUUUCGCUUUCCUGUGCCGGUGAGACUGAAGAGAAACUCAGAGAUUCUGGACGAAAAUGAGCGACUCUUUCGUCAGUCCCCUGACCCUCAUCGGUGUCGGGGCCAGUUUCGCCUUCUCUUCCAUCUUCUACAGCCACUACCAGCAGAAGAAACUGGAAAUACAGAAGCUGAAGGAAAUCCCGAGCUUUCAGGCCGAUCAGCACCUGCUAAAAAUACUCAACGCCUCUCAGGACAGGCGGCUGCAUUAUGUAGCUGUGGAAGGUGUGGUCCAGCCGGUCGGCGAACCGCUGGCUAGUCGAUACGUUCCACGGUGCUACGGGGUCGUACAGAAGGUCACCACCCAGGAGCACUGGAAGGUGCGGAACGCGUCCGGAACAUGGGUCUCCAAAAAGAUGAACGCGAAGGAGACGAAGAGCAGCGUGCCGUUCCGCCUGUUCCAGCCAGGCUCGUACCUCAGCGAGAUCUCCGUGAAGGUGGAGUCCCCGCUGGAGGCGAAAGGGGAUUACCUGGAGGAGGUGCACAGGGGUGUCCGGAGGGCUGAGGAUGGGCUGCUGGACGUGGUGGUUCAGGGUGUGACUGGAGAGAAGCUGACCGCGUGGGAGGAGAGGGAGGAGGUCCUCCGUGUGGGGACGGUUCUGACGGGUUUCGGGGAGGUGGUCCUAGAGCACGGGGGAGUGAUGAGGCUCCAGCCGCCGCGGGACGGACGCGCCUACAUCCUCCUCCCCGGAGACCACCGGAGCUUCAUCCAGAGACACGAGAACACGGCCGGAAUGUGGAAGGGGCUGACGGCGCUGUUCGGGAUCACUGGGUCCACACUGCUUGCCGCGUUCAUCUACAGCACGCUUAGUAAGGACAGUCAGAAAAGAUAGCAGCUUUCUAUAUAACUGAGGAAUGUUCUGGAAUUAGUGCUGUGGGGGGACGUUGGGGUGGGCGAUAUGACGAUAUUAUCAUGAUAAAUAUUACAAUACGCAACUCUACUGAGUAUAUGAUGGGUAUGGUCCCGAUCCUGGUCUGAGUUAUUUAAUAUAGAGUACUAAUACAGAGUCUGAUCAAUUAAUUUUAUUUUAGUAGAUCAUACAGCUGCACCAGUGCACAUCAGUUAUAUAAUAAAACCUGUCCAAUUUAGGCAAAUAAUCAUUUGUGUUCUCAUAUAUUAAACAAAAAUAUAUCUAUAUGAAAUAUUUGGGUGGUAUUUUAAAUUAAAUCUGGAUAUCCUCCUGGGGUCGUAUUACAGAAACUUCUUAACUCUGAAAUCUGUUUAGAAUGAGUGAUUAGUGUUUAGUCUCCAUGUGAAAUGUGUUUAGUCUUUAUGACGACUUCAGUACAGACUGAAUUUCGGACAGUAGCUGUUACAGAAUAACAGUUCCUACCUUCAUAAUCUCAUCAUCAACUCCAGAUAAGAAAACAGUAUCACACAAACAUCCUAACUAGACU